AUGACACAAUCUCAAACACCCGGGCUGGACACGCUUGCGGAGGGGUCGCAGUAUGCGCUGGAACAGCUCCAAUUGGCACGUGAAGCCGGUGCUGCCAAUAUCCCGACUGACCCCAGUAACUCUCUCGACUCCAAGACAUCGCAUUCCCAACACCUCCUCUAUAGCGAGCAAAACUGCUCCAAUUCAAGUCUGAAGGAUCCAGGAUUGCGAGAUUCCCUUGCCGAGGCGCGCUCCGCUAUUCGCAAAAAUUCCUCCGCUACCCCAGUCCGUCGAAGAAUCAGCCGAGCUUGCGACCAGUGCAACCAAUUGCGAACCAAGUGCGAUGGACAAAACCCCUGUGCGCAUUGCGUUGAGUUUGGACUCAGCUGUGAGUACGCCCGCGAGCGCAAGAAGCGUGGGAAGGCGUCCAAAAGGGAAAUAGCCGCCACUGGUCUUACCGACAGUGAUAUCGGUGGCAACGAAAACACAACGCAUACGAAAGCACAGCCCUCGAACGCGCGGUCUUUGCCAGAAUCUAACGAACAAUACGAUGCCGCCUUCGAUGCCGCGCGAACUCUUACUGAAAGCGCACAAUCUCGGUCGCAUAACGCGGAGGUAACUGGCCUAUCUGCCAUGCGCCAAAGUCAAGCGCCCGUCCAGCCACCUUCUCAGCAGCAAAUGAAUUCUAACAUGGCGGGCAUGCCAUUCAAUAAUUACGCAGCGCUCCACGAAUCCCACCGACCCUCGAUGUCCGUGCCAGAUAUGCGCUCUAUACAAAUGAUGCAAAACUCGAAUGCAAACCCUCGGUCGCCGGGUUCAAUGCUCCAUCCUCAAGGGUUUUCUUCAGGGUACAAUGAUGGUUCAUACCCUUUGAUGAAUGCGCAAGAUGGAAAUCCAAGCUCCAUGAACCAUUUCCGCAUUGGAAAUUCGACAGAGAACUCAUCGGCACCUUUUAUGGGAUUCUCCCCUCCAGCGCAGUCCCCUAGCUGGUUGCCGCUUCCUUCCCCAUCGCCCGCAAACUUCCCUUCCUUCAGCCUGCCCCCUUUCUCCAGCUCAUUGAGAUACCCGGUCUUGCAACCAGUCCUUCCGCACAUUAUGUCUAUAAUUCCUCAAUCUCUCGCCUGCGACCUCCUCGACGUCUAUUUCACCAGCUCAUCCUCCUCGCAUCUUUCUCCGUCGUCGCCUUAUGUGGUGGGCUAUGUUUUCCGGAAGCAAUCGUUCCUACACCCUACAAAGCCUCGAUCAUGCACCCCUGGACUUCUCGCUAGCAUGCUAUGGGUAGCAGCUCAAACAAGCGAGGCCGCAUUCUUGACUUCACCUCCAUCAGCUAGAGGCCGAGUCUGCCAAAAGCUGCUGGAGUUGACGAUUGGCUUACUCCGGCCACUUAUCCAUGGUCCUGCCACCGGAGAAACGUCCCCCAAUUAUCCAGCGAAUAUGGUAAUCAACGGGGUGGCUCUCGGUGGCUUUGGGGUCUCCAUGGAUCAAUUGGGUGCGCAGAGUAGUGCCACUGGCGCGGUGGAUGAUGUCGCUACGUAUGUUCACUUGGCAACUGUCGUCUCAGCCAGCGAAUAUAAGGCUGCAAGUAUGCGAUGGUGGACAGCUGCCUGGUCUCUUGCGCGAGAGCUGAAACUAGGCCGCGAACUACCACCUAAUGCGACGACCCGUCAAGACGGUGAAAUAGAGGGCGAGGGGGACAUGGAUGUGAAUGGCAACAAGAGACAGCCGUCUUCUUUACUGGGACACGGUCCAGGCAACUCUACAAUCAAUCUCACAGAGGAAGAACGCGAGGAGCGCCGGCGGAUCUGGUGGCUAUUAUAUGCGACAGAUCGCCAUCUAGCGCUUUGUUACAACCGACCCUUAACGUUGCUGGAUAAAGAGUGCGAGGGAUUAUUACAGCCGAUGAACGAUGAUAUCUGGCAGGCUGGUGACUUUUCAUCUGUCAACUAUCGCCGUGCUGGUCCAGCCUCUGAAUGCACUGGCCAUAGCAUGUUUGGGUACUUCUUACCCCUGAUGUCUAUCCUGGGUGAGAUUGUGGAUCUGCAACAUGCCCGAAACCACCCGCGCUUCGGUCUUCAUUUCCGCAACAGUGGCGAGUGGGAAAGUCAGGCCUUGGAGAUCAGCCGGCAGCUCGAUGUCUACGCCCAGAGCCUGAAAGAAUUUGAGGCUCGAUAUACGAGCUCUCUCGGCCUCGGGGCCGGUGAGCCUGACACGGCCAUGGAAGGCUCCAAUAUCAACCACGUCAGCCCAUCUGGUCGGUCGAGUAGCACGGUAGGCUCACAUGUGAGCGAGUCCAUUGUUCAUACAAGGAUGGUGGUAGCCUAUGGCACCCACAUUAUGCAUGUACUCCACAUUCUGCUGGCUGGAAAGUGGGACCCGAUCAACCUGCUCGACGAUAACGAUCUCUGGAUUUCUUCUGAGUCGUUUAUCACUGCCAUGGGCCAUGCAGUCAGCUCUGCUGAGGCGGCCUCGGACAUUUUGGAAUACGACCCCGAUUUAAGCUUUAUGCCCUUCUUCUUUGGCAUAUAUCUUUUGCAGGGUAGCUUUUUGUUACUCUUAACUGCGGAUAAAUUACAAGGAGACGCCAGUCCCAGUGUUGUUCGGGCCUGUGAAACAAUCGUGCGAGCACAUGAGGCUUGCGUUGUAACUUUGAACACUGAAUACCAGCGAACUUUCCGCAAAGUGAUGCGCUCGGCGCUGGCUCAAGUCCGCGGCCGUGUCCCAGAGGACUUUGGAGAGCAGCAGUCACGUAGGCGCGAGGUGCUAGCCCUUUACCGCUGGAGCGGCGACGGCAGCGGCCUCGCGCUGUAG